AUGUUUCCAACUGUUCCUCAAAUUCCUGUUGACAUACUUCAAAAAGUUGAUUCAUCUCAUCCAGUGUUACUGGCCUACUUGAAAACAAUGGAUCCUUCGAUUGAAAUGGGUGUUCUGUUACCUAUACAUGAGAUAAAUCGGCAAGGUGUUGUCAUUCACGAAAUUCCAACCCUUGUGUCUCCUGUUUCUAAAAAUAAAAUUGCUGAGGAUAAGGCGAAAAAGAUUUCAAAGAAGAACAAGAGGAAGAUCGUUGAAGAUUCAUUGGAGGAAGAGGUUGUACCAGAAUUGCCUCUUCAUGAUACUACUAUGAAUGUUCCUUCACCAACGACGGAUUCUCCAAUCAAGACGAGUUUCGAGGAGAUUGGAAAUCUUGGUGGUUUUGUGAAAACAUCGAAUGUGGACACAACCACUACUGAAGUUUCUGAGGAGGUUAGAACUUCAGGCAUCCUUGUGGACAUAUCUAAUAUGGACACAAAUAUCAACAAGGGUGAAGGAGUGUUGAAUCCAAAAGUCCAAGGUAAUCAUAAUAUCAUUAUCUUAUCUUCUUUCAAAACAUCCACAGUUGAUACUUCCACAUCACUUCCACCAUUUCACUCAACCAUUUCUACUUCUACCCACUCAGCUACUUUUGAUAACAUCCUUAAUCAACCUGUCAUUUCAUUGUUUCCAACUCAAUCUACUAAUCCCAAAACUUUUCAAGAGGAUGAAAAUGAAGAUAGUGAGUUUAUGGGCACUUUCACAUAUAUUGAAUUUGAUCUGGAAGAAGAAAAUAUUCCCGAUCAUAUGUUGAUGUCUGGGAAACAAUUUAAAAUCCACAACUAA